AUGGAUGUGACCUGGUACCGAGUCAGCCCUCCAGCUCUGGUGCAUCGUUAUGCUUCUUACCUGGAUCAUCGGAAGGAUCAGAGCCCAGAGUACCAAGGGAGGAUAGAGUUCCUGAACCAGAACAUCACCACAGGGCAGGUGGCCAUGAGGAUCCGUCCUAUCCUUCCUUCAGAUGACGGAGAGUACAUGUGUAACUUUGCAAGCUCCACAUUUGAAAAUGAAGCACAAUUCAAGGUGUUGGUCACAGAUUCCGUGUUCCCCAGGCUCUGGCCCUGGAUUGUGGGAUUUGCUGUGCCCCUGUGUCUCCUGGCUGUUGCCACAGCCUUUGGUGUUCUCUUUGUACAAACUAGAAAAAAACUAGGUAUGUUCGAAAUUAAUAUCAGUCUUAUCCUCAUGAUAAAGGUUCACUCCCAACAGAAUAUGGUCUGUCAAAACUCUAUUGAGAAAUUGUUAAUAGUCCUCCACAGCUUUAGUGGAGGAAGCUUCACAACUGAAGAUAUAACACUGGAUGAGGACACUGCUCAUCCUCAUCUAGAAAUAACAGAGAACAGAAAAUAUGUGAGGGCUACUGUGGAAAAACGAGAUGUUCCUGACAAUCCUCAGCGGUUUGACACUCACAUGGCUGUUCUGGGGGAGAACAGCUUCUCGGCUGGUGACCAUUACUGGGAGGUGGAUGUGGGUUGUAAAGACAGGUGGGAAAUAGGACUGUGUGUGGACUCAGUUACACGGAAAGGAGACAUCUCUGUUUGUCCUGAAAAUGGGUUCUGGGUACUUUCCCUGGAGAAAGAUGAGUACAAGGCACUUUCCACACCCACUUCCAUUCUCAAUGUCCCAGAACCCCUCUUGGUAGUGGGUAUUUUUCUGCAGUAUGAGAAAGGACUGAUCUCUUUCUACAAUGUGCCAGAUUGUAGCUUUCUUUAUACUUUCAAAAACACUUUCAACAAACCUCUGAAGCCUUAUUUCUACCCUGGCCCUGUUAGUACCGAAAACAUGGGGGCCCUCAUUAUUCCCAAGUGUCAGUGA